GUUUAUUUUUAACCCCCACGCCUAUUAAAGAUGGAGGCUGGAGUGGUCUCAGCUGUGUGGGGCAAAGACAUAGCUCAGGACGUGUUUCAGAGAUGGAAUCAAGGAUUUAUUUUCAGCUCAAAAGAGCCUCUGGCGUUAGUUCAGUACAGUGGGGGCCCCUGUGCUGUUUUGGCUCCAGUACAGGCUUUUAUAUUUCAAAAACAUUUAUACGAAGACAGAGACAACGACAAUCUUGAUAAUGAGGACUGGAGGAAGUGUGAAAGUUCUGUGGCUCAAGGAUUAUUAAUAUCUGUCCUCUCUCAUAUUCUAAUUAAUGCCAGCUCUGAUGGCACCUGCAGACUUGCCUUACUCGAUUCCAAAGCUCCACCCACUUCGACAGUUGCCAUGGAUACAAUAGCACAAGUCACACCUACUCAAACGGGUGGAGUGAGUGGUGGGUUGAAGAGGAAGCAUCCCUCGCCUCUUUCAGAGGAAAAGACAAGUGGAAUAAAACGAGAACCUUCUCUCUCCCUUCCUCCUCUUAUAACGGGCAGCUCCAUUGAGAAAUUAUUGGAAAAGGUCAAAAGGAAAGAGGAGGGGAGUGGUCACGGCCAGGAGAGUGGGUGUGGUCUUACAUUAGAGGCACUUUCGUCAGCUUUACGUAGCGUUAGAGAGAGACAGCAGGAGGAGGAGGAGGAGGAGGAGGGAGAAGAUCAAGAGUUGAGAGCUAUUGAUAAUAAAAUGAUGUCAAGUGAUGCAUUAGGUCAAACCGGUUUAGCUAGCCGUCAAACCGGUUUGACUGGAUCUGGUGAUAUUUCGUCAGCUACUACUAAAACAAGAGCUGAGGAUUUUCAUUCUAAAAUAAGGGUGUGUCACUGCACUGACUUGGGUAGCACUGUUAGAUGCAUUAGAGAGAAUUUGAGUGAUUUCUUCAGCUCAUACGGAGUCCUAUUAUUCCUUUAUUCUGUAGUACUUACUAAAGGAAUUGAUAGAAUAUCUGAGGAAAGAGAAGAAACUGAGCAACCGUUGAUAGACCCACUUCAUGGCCACGGAAGUCAGAAUUUGAUUAAUUUGCUAUUGACUGGACGCUGUGUUACCAACGUCUUUGAUUUGGAUAAAGAUCUUGGAGGAAUGAAGUUGCUUGGCAUUCCAAGGCAAUCCACAGUUGGUUUUUUAACGAUAUUAGAAUCUCUUCAUUACUGUGAGGUUGGUAGUUUUCUAAAGAAUCCUAUUUAUCCUGUCUGGUUGAUAGCCAGUGAGACUCACUUGACUGUACUUUUCUCACUGGAGAUCGGUCUUACUUCUGAAGAAGAUGCACAAUCUGUGGCCAAGAGAGAAUUCUCACGAUUUAGUAUUGAAGGUGAUUCUUGUCUAAUGGCUACUGACAAGUUAACUGAUCUAUUACAAAAGUUAAAUCUUGAGACAGACUCUGGCUAUGUUGAGUAUAUGAAGAAGAAACUAGACAAGGAGAGUGCAGGGAUUAUUCUGCUUAGUGAUUUUUUAAACGAGUUUUAUCCUUUUCCAAUGGAAUGUGAAAGACCCAAAGCAUUUACAGUUUAUCAUUACAACGGAUUAAUACACAACAACGAAGAUGAGAUCCAGCUUGCCAGAGGGCAGGCAGUGGCCCUUGGUGAAGCAGGCGGUACUAGUUCAGACAUUUCUUUAAUUAACUGCCUUCAGACAAAAUGGCCCGACCUUAUCAUACAUUGGGAUGGUGGAACGGAUCCUAAAAUUAUUUAAAGAAUACAAAACCUCUCUCCCUCUCUCCUUCCCUCCAGCAACAAUCAGCUAUCGAUCAGGACAUUAAUUGGAACUAAUUAUUUACAUUAUCAUCUUUAACUUUCUCAUCUAAUAAUUUAAAUGUUUUCUCU